CUACAAACGAUUGAUCAACUCGAAAGUGGAUCAUCAGUUGAAAUGACAUCAGCGAGCGAGCGGAGCAGCGAAGAGCCAUCAACGUUACCGUCAUUCUCAAGACGAACAUCAUCUGGCGAAAUCGAAACUGCUGCUGUCAAAGAAGAACAACAAUCCAUGCUGGAGGCAUCCAAUGAUGACAUCGUAGAACAUGUUAACGACUCCACUCAACUGCCAUUAACAACACAACACUCAGUGACAGAACCAACAACAACAAUAGCGACGUCUGGAUCCGUGGAAACAACCUUGAAUGAGGAGAACAACGAGGGACUCAUCGAGUCUCGAGAAGAUGGCGAAAUGACCGAACCAAACACUGCAACCACGGAAAGCGAUUCUUUGCAUGAUAGAAUCUCAACCCCUGGAAUGGAGGAAGCUGUCAUUGGACAGGUCGAAGAGGCAAUACAAGAGAAUACGACCACUGAAGAAAAUCUACCGAAAGUUGAGACUUCGUCAACUGUUAGUCAAACAACAUCAAUGAGCCCUUUCAGCGAUACGACGCAACAAAUUGGAAUUGCUAACGUAGAAUGUUAUGAGCACGGCUUCAAUCUCACCAUACGACUACCCGAAACGUUCGGUGGAAUGAUCACUGUGAAAGGUCAUUCUGUGGAUGAGGGAUGCUAUAAGGUGGUCGAAGAAGUGGUUUAUCCAUCGGACAGUAGUUCAACAAUGCGUUCUGUUAACUUCUUCGUUGACGCUCGCAAAUGUGACAUUAAAAAAGUGGAUUCGCUGGAGCCAGCAGGUGUGAACACGUCCGCAGUUGUAAAUGUGCUACAUCAUAAGUGGCUGGUUACGGGUGUCGAUAAAGGAUAUUUAAUUCAGUGCUUCAUGCCCAAAGUUGACAGUGAACAAGAUCUAUCAACUGAUCUUUAUGUGAAUGGAAGUGCGUUGGUUGGAGAAACGUUGAGUUUAGCAUCGGUUCCUCCGACGUGCUUGUAUUCGUUGCGAAGAGAUUCGCCAAAUGGACCGAUUGCGAAGUCAGCGAAUGUCGGAGAAACGAUAUUCCAUCACUGGGAGUGUGAUGGAGGUGAUGGUGGGUUUUUCCUAGAGAAUAUCUAUUGUUUUGUAUGGUUGUACUGA